GCCGCCCCCAGCUUGUCUCAAUAUAGUAAACUAUAGUUAGUAACGCUAGUUAAUUAACUAGCUACAAAGACUAUGACACUAAAGAAGAAACUAUACUAUUUUCUAUAUCAAUUGAUGAUACAUGACAGUUAUUGCAACCCUGACAAUUGGGGCCCAUCUGUACUUGAUCAAGUCGACUAGAAAGCAAAGCUGGAUUCGAUGGCGGGGAAAACCCACUGGACUCGUGUGAACAUGCAACUGGCAACUGGCAGGGUGUCCAGGUGUCCCGAGUUCAUUGCCAUGGACCCGACUUGCAGGACACAAUCGUGGACAACUUCCCACCAAACCGAAAUCCACGCCUCUUCUCUCCUUUCCCCACAGUACUGCACGACAGAAGCAAUCCUGCACGACACGACCACAAGACGGAAAGGCAUGAACGUGGCAAUGCUCCAUCAAUGACCCCCAAACCCCCAGUUCCCAUGCUUGGAACAUUGGGGCCGGUAGACCGCCAGAUGCGCUGGACGCAAGGAGAUGAUCGACAAGCGAAUCGCCAGCGCAUGGAUUCCCCAAAUGGCUGGACAACGUCCAGACCCAUGCAUUAGGAUUCGGAUCGGAUAGGAACCCCGGCUGAUUUGUUGCGUUCUGACUGGCCCACUCCAUGGCAUCACACAGGCCCAACGAGCAGCCCAUCAUCCCGCUAGUUCCUGGUAAUCAACUCAAUCCCCGGUUCCUUCGUUCUUCACAUCGUACGCGGUACAACGAACAUCUUCCAAAGAGUCACGACUAUCCCGAGAGGAUUGACUCUACCAAGACCACCUGGCUGGCCUUCCUUCGGAGAUCGACAGGGAUUCAAGGUACCUCCUUGCGACUUCACGGUCAUUGGCUGCCGAUCUGAAGCCCUGGGCGCUUCUCAUCUGCCUCAGAUUGUUUGGGGAUUCCCGGUGCGACGAAUUGUAACCCUCCAUUCCCCAGCUACCUGCCCUGGGUCUCUCGUUUUAGCACGACACCCGGUGAAACGAACAUUGUCGGGCCUUGGGGGCUGACGACGCCGGGACUGUGAUCAUUCGAUCUAUUCCAAACUAUCGACACUAUUGAUUUUGGGGCGGGAUCCUCAGCCCUAGGGGUAUAACUACAAGUAUACAUCCCUAGGUCCCCUCCCGUCGGGAGAAAACUGUCACGGGGAAGACGCGGGGAGAGUUGAGACAUCACAUCUUAUCGACUAUCGCUGCUCAUUUGUUACUUUCUUACGUCUUCUUCCUUUGGCUUUUCUCUACUCUUUUGACUUUGGGUCAUCGCGCAGGACUAUCAUCCCUGGAUUCCGCGCGGUGGAUGCUAUGAUCUGAUCGGAAUUCUUGCCCCUCCCUUGUGUCAUGCCUCGGACCCCCCAUACAUCUGACGCUUUUGAUUCCGCUAUGAUCGCGACUUCCUGCGAUACACCUAUGCAAAUCAAAUUCGCCGUCUUUUGGCAUGGCCUAAUUGAACCAGCUUUCUUUAUUCUUUAAUUUGCUUUUUGGGCUAAAGUGAUGAACCGGGUAUCACUUCCGACCUUCUCCGAUCACCAUGCCGCUCCAUACCGGUACUCAUAGUCUGCGCUCGAGGAAGCCCAAGGAGGGCAGGAAAAGAACCUCGUCCACCGUUUCCAAUUCCGCAACCGUCACCCAGGCUGGUCCUGGGCAGAGUCCAAAAAUCUCUACCAACAAACGAUCAUCACCAACUGAACGGGUCAAUGCAUCAAAACAAACCGUGAAGGGGCCGCCGGCGCCAGAGGCUCCGCUAGACCAGCCUAGCGAGCCAGCGAAGAAAGUUCCCAAUGUGUUCGAAUUCUUAGAAGAAGAUGACGAGUCCUCGUCCUCGUCGUCAGAAGCGGAAUCUUCUGAGGACGAAGAAGCCACAGCUCCAGUGCACGCCCGAGCUAUCGCCAAAAUACAAUCACCGAAGCCUCGAUCAAGUCCCAUCCCGCACCCGAUACUGGUUUCACAGAAACCUAUAGUAACUCAUGCUUCCACCACCACGACACCGAGAAGCUCAAGUGAUUCGCACCCACCACCACCUCCCGCACCGACUGCACCAGCGCCCUCGGAGAGACAAGUGUUGAUAACCCAAAGACAAGCACCGCCGCGCAGAGUAUCUCCGAUAGAGCCUCACUCCCCAGAGACACAUCACUUGCAACUUUCUCGACAGGAAAGUUACUAUAUAUCGAAGGACGCCACAGCUGUUCACAGGCCACCUCUCCCUCCUUCCCCACCGAGCAGCCCAGAAGACAGCCUUCACCGCGGCGUCGUAGCCAAACGACGAGACUCGAAUGUGCCACAAGUUUCAUCAGGAUAUGGCCUCGUCGCGUCACAUCUCACCAAAUCUGCUACACAAGAUAAAGCAGCCUUUUCUCCACUUUACCGACGCUUUGAAAGCGUGAACCAUCGUGUCUUAUUGCAUCUCCAGGAUGAGAUCUCCCAGAUGGAGGAAGAUCUCCACACUCUCGAUGAAUACGAGGAGAUGCAUCGAGUGGCCACUGCCGAACAGGAGGGUGCCAAACCUCUACCAGCUUCCCGCCGAGUCGACAUCCAAUCCCAAGCAUAUCCAUCGCUGCACUACCGGCGCAUGGAUCUGAUGGCAGCCCUAGUUCAAAAGACGGAGCAAUACAAUACUGCACUAAGUGCAUACAGCAGAGUCCUCCAAACUCUCCCCCGCGCGUCAAACGACGACAUUACCAACUACCGCUCAUGGAUGAAAGAACACAAUCCCAUCGCCGCCGCUGAAACCCGAUUCCUCGACCAAGAUGCUGACCUAGUCGCACUUACCCCUCGGCUGGCAGCGUCUGCCGCUGCAGCACCGAUUUACAUCGCCAUAAUCAUCGCUUCCGGGGCUUUAUUAAUGCCGCUUCUCGCAUUCAGUAUGAUUGCCGAAUUCUCCGGCCGACUCGUCGUCGUAACUAUCACCGGCGGCGCAGCGGCUGCCAUUGCUGCGAAUUACUCUACUGGUAUUGAAGCGCUAGUAGACUCUCGGGAUGGAUGGAGAUGUGCGACAUUAUACUUUGGUUUCAUGACUAUCGCCGCUAUGUUCAUCCCCUGAGCAACGUAGAGAACUAUGUAACGACUUACGAAUUUCAUUUUCGAUCUCAUACUCGCGUCAAACUUGACUUGCCGCCACGGGCGCUGUUCUUCGCUCACUCAUUCAGUCACUCAUUGAAGACGCUGUGAUUCUAUAGAAUGGUGAGGUCAUUUCAAAAACAGAGAAGCGAAAGAGAUGGCGUCAGAUUAUCGGGAAAUUUUGGCUUUUCAUGUUAUCAUACCACCGGGAAUAUCAUGGCAAGGUAGAUUGGUUUUGGCUCUAUUAGCGGAGGACAAGUCGGAAGACACAUUGCAUGUUGGAAUGGAAGAUAUAGCGGAUUUGGAUGGAGUGUUUAUUUUCCUGGAGAGAUUUUGUCGGUUUACCGACAUUCGACUGAUGUCUUAUGUUUCUUUGGAUGUACGAAUUAUCUGAUAUUAACGAAUCCCGGAAUUAUAAGUCUCGAUGUUAUUUCUUCAACACCAUGUAUGAAACGUAGUUUUUAAUCGCCGCGAAGCGAGUAUAUCACGG